AGCAAGCCGUCACAAUGUAGUCUCACAAUAAAAUCGUCAGCCGUGAGCUCGUUCCGAGCUCACCGUGGAUUAGUCUCGAUCAAUCAAUCGAUCGAGGAUACCACGUAAAACUCGUUGUCCCGUGUUAUUUUCAAUUCCGCGUCAUCUCAUCGCCCAGUUGCCGUUCAAGGCAAAUCCAUCGCCCGCAGCCCAGCUGCCAUCCAUGGCGAUCAUGAGUUGGCUACUGCUCGGUCUGUUCUUCUUCGUCUCGAUUGGCGCUGUCCUCGUCCGAAGUCUUGUUCGUCGUUGGCAACAGGAAGGCCAAGCUCAAACAGAAUCAGAUCAGGCGCCGGGAGCGUUUCAAUCAAAUCACAACCGUGGGGGUGACUCUCGUUCAGCUUGUGAAAAUCAAGAGGCAGGUUUUGUCGAGAAGUCACCGCCCGACGAUUUUCGACGGCCGUUGGAUUUCAAUCUACCUGACGAGGGCGCCGAUGUGAGGACUUUGACGAGGACGACUUGGGGAGUGAAGACCGGUUGGUGGGUCACCAUAAUUUACUUGUCAUCGUUCCGGCGAGCAAUCACAAUUUGUCGUGGGGCAUUGGCAUUGCACGUGGUCCAGGUUAAUGUUUAUGGUGGUUGUGGUGGUGUUCGCAGUGCACAAGGAUCAGUUUUGGGAGAAACUGUGGCAGCAUAGAGUUUGUUUGCUUUUGGUGACCUAUUCCUUCAUUGAUUCCAUAAUUUAUUGCACACGUAGUCACAUGUGCUUUGUCCAGCUUGUUUAUUGUGACUAGUAUCCUCACCAUCAACACUCAGUUCAGGGAUACUUCCGAAGUUUACAGCCCACGAGGUGUGCCGUGGAAUUCAUACUUUGUCCACAGCUGGAGUCAAGUUGUCAUUAUGGCCGGUCAAGGUCACUUAGAGAGGAAAAUCUUCACCAACAUCGAUUAAAGUCAUGGCAUUGAAGACAAUCGCGACCUGCCGUGGUCGUCCCUUCAAUUGCUAGUGUUGGGGAGACACAACUUUCGUCAAUAAAGAAGUUCAAGUUAUCAAGCGAGGCAGGCACGAUCAAAGAAGCGAUCGUCCCCUCCACGUUCAGCAUCGGUCAAUGUUGAGUCAUCAUCGUUCUAACUUUCAAGCUGGGCAUUCACAUUGUUCAUGCUCCAGCUUGAGGGGGAGAAUAGGGAGUCAACAUACGUCGGUCGACUAGCUCAGUCAUCAAGUCGACCGCGAUGUACCAACUCAGUCACGUUGCUCGGAGAAGCACGGUCAGCAGUGCAUUUAGAAGUCUCCAAAGUCAGCAACGCAGUCAUCAGUCUCAUCCAACACGUCAAGGUAAUUCCACCAUGUGGAGUUCACUAUUGUUGAACUAGGUCAAGGAUGGAGUCGGAUCAUUCUCAUCCAAGACGUCAAGGAAUUUCACCAUGCUGAGUUCACUGUCAAAAGAACUGGGUCAAGCAUGGAGUAGUUUGAUCAUUUGUCUACCUCUCCCACAAGCAAACAAAGUCACCUCCUGUUGGAUCGUCAUUGCCAGCAAGAGGUUGUUUGAGUGUUGUUCAGCUUCAAGCUCGACAUUCUUGUCAUUCAUGUCUUCGCUUGAGGGGGAGUGUUGAGGAUAUUAAUUACUUAGUCAAAAUGUAAUUAAUUCCUUGUCCAACAAGUCCCUUGUUUCCUUGUCCGGGUAAAAGAGGUAACUUGGUUGUCUUUAGGGUUUUAACCUUAAGUCGUUCUCUAUAAAAGCUUAGCUAUGGUUCUGUCAUAAGCAAGCCGUCACAAUGUAGUCUCAUAAUAAAAUCGUUAGCCGUGAGCUCGUUCCGAGCUCACCGUGGAUUAGUCUCGAUCAAUCAAUCGAUCGAGGAUACCACGUAAAACUCGUUGUCCCGUGUUAUUUUCAAUUCCGCGUCAUCAAAUUCUUCACAAAGAGCUUCGAAUUAUUUGAGUUUCCCGAUUCGAAAUCGAUGGUCGGUGGUAAUCGUCGACUUAGCCUAACCUCGGCCUCGCCGAGCUCAUCUGGUUCGCUCGAUGAGAAGAUAAGCUUCCCUCGCCGGAGCCACGAGCUCUGAGGGAAGGUAGACUGCAAUUGGUUCGCUCGAUGUGAGGAGUACCUUCCCUCGCCGGACGAGCUCAUGUCAAUCACUCCUGAGUCCUGAUCUCGCUCUCGCCUUCUACAUCCGGAGUCUCACCAACUCCUCCGCGACUGCGGCGUGGAAGUGACCAGUAAUUCGCUCAUCGGAAUUAGGCGGUCCCGCCUCCGCCACCUCCUUUACCAACAUCCAGCGGCGUGCCUUCCCCUACACACAACGGUAACCACGUGAAUCCUUCUCUGGCAACUUCGCAGCACAACUUGUACGAAUUCGCCGCCGACUCCUCGGCGGAGCUGGAUUCCAACACCGGAGGCAACAAGCCGGCAUGGAAGCAGAAGCGGCGGAGGCUGUGGGGAAAAUAAUUUCUCAAAGGGUUAGGUUCUUUUACUUUUUUAGGCGUUCUCAAACGAUUAGGUUAGGAAAGAAAGAAGAGGUGGAAAAUAUUUUUUAUUUUUAUUUAUUUUUUAAUGGACACAUCAGUUUUUUAACAGUCAAACGUUAAAGUUGACUGCCACAUAGGAUAAACAUAACAGAGUUGGACGGAGAGUGACCAUAAAUGACAUAAACGUGU